AUGCCAUCUGAACAGAAUGUGAAUAACAGCGAGUCGCCAGAGUUGAGUACCGAACUAGGCAGAGACAUCGAGAGACAGGUAAUUACUGGUAUCAUUAUAAACAUACUCGCUUGGCCAUUAUUGUUUUUUUGUGCGAUAUAUGUAUCGUAUAAGUUUAACACCAGCUGGGUUCCUCAUCCGUUUAUCGAUGAAAUAUUUCAUUUGAACCAAACUGUGAAGUAUAUUGGUGGACAUUGGGGGACUUGGGAUCCCAAAAUUACUACACCCCCAGGGUUGUAUGUGAUUGGUUGGUUGGAAUAUCAUGUAAUGAGGUGGGUAACUUCAUGGAAUAUACUUUCAAUAUUAAGAUUUGCAAAUCUAGUUGGUGGAAUGGUUAUAUGGAGUUGGGUGGUAUUGAGACCAUUAUAUUUAUUUAAUGCUAUAGGUUUCUGGCCCAUUACCUUAAUUUCAUUUCCAUUGAUGGUAAAUUAUUACUUUUUAUACUAUACAGAUGUUUGGUCCACAAUAUUUAUUGUGGAGUCGAUGACUUUGGCGUUGACUUUACCGUUUGGCGAGAAAUUGAGCAUCAGGGCUAGCGCAUUAUGUGGAUUGAUUAGUUGUUUCUUUAGACAAACCAAUAUUGUAUGGAAUGGAUUCGUCAUGUUGUUGGUUCUUGAGCGGAGAGCUUUAAUUCAAAAGGAUUUCAAUAACUUCCAUAUUAACAAUUACUUGAAGUUAAUGCUCCAUGGUAUUGAGAACUUUAGUUCAUUGGUAUUGCCUUAUGCAAUAAACUUCUUACUUUUCAUUGCAUUUUUGGUAUACAAUAAAUCUUUGGCAUUGGGUGAUAAGUCUAGCCAUGUUGCAGGUUUCCACCUAGUUCAGAUGUUCUACUGUUUUAUGUUCAUUACAUUUUUCAGUCUACCAAUCUGGCUUUCUGGUAAUUUUCUACGCAGAUACAUCAUUCGGUUCCUCCAAAGACCUCUAAUUGUGAUAUUUGAAACUUUAGGAAUUAUGUUGGCAAUCAGGAUGUUUACUGUGCUACACCCUUUCAUUUUAGCGGAUAAUCGUCAUUUUACCUUUUAUCUCAUGAGAAAGUUAAUUGGUCGUAAUAGAUUCUUCAAAUAUGUUGUAAUGGCUCCCAUUUAUCACUUCUCUACUUUUGUCUACUUAGAAGUGUUAAGACCAUCAACGCUAUAUUUCCAUCCAAUAUUGCCAGUGAAGAUUAGGAACCCAGCAGAUUUGCCUCUUCAGUUAUCUCAUAUUACAUGGACUGCACUAAUCAUCUGUACAUUCGUUACCAUUGUACCAUCUCCAUUAUUUGAACCGCGGUACUAUAUUUUACCCUAUUUGUUCUGGAGAGUGUUCGUCGAAGUGUCUCCUGAACCUUUCUUCAACGAACCAAGCCAGGAAAGGAUUGUAGUUGGAAAUCCUAGACGAUUGGCUUUUGAGUUUUGGUGGUUCAUGUUGAUAAAUACUAUUACAAUAUCUAUAUUUGCUAGAUAUCCCUUUCCUUGGAAUACAGAGCCACAUUUACAAAGGAUCAUUUGGUAA